GGCAGGCUGUCAUGGGGAGCUGUUCCAGUGCCCGGUCACACUGUGGGGGAAGAACCUUUCCCUAAUAUCCAGCUUAAAGCUCCCCGACCCAGCUCCCGCCGUUCUCCCUCUCGCCAGGUUUUCCCACCACCGCUUCCCCUCAGGGCAGGUAUCGCCUUCCCUCGAGCCCCUCAGGGCCGCUUCCCGCCAUCGUCUCCCCUCAGGGCCGCUCCCGCCGCCAUCGUCUCCCCUCAGGGCCGCUCCCGUCGCGAUGUUCCGCGGACACCGGGCUUGGUUCUCGCAGAGCGUCAGCCCGGGCCCGCGGGGGCUCUGGGCAGACGGUGGUGGGACGAUCGCUCACUGGCUGGAUGCCGACUACCUCUUCAGCAGCGAUGCCACCCACCCUGACACCCGCAGCAUACACGAGAGCCUCAGUUACUUGGAAGGCAGAGCCACAGUCUUUCACUCCUGUUACCUCUCAGUGUGUGCAGGCACAUGCAGCGGAGAGAAGCCCUCGGUGGUUCUGGGCCAUUUCAUCCUGCCCCCUGCCUGCCUGCAAGAAGUUUUGUUGUUCCUGGCAGAAAUCAGAAGCAAAAUUGGACGGUUUAUUUGGGAGAAGGCAGAUGCCCUUGAAGAACAGCCCAACAAAAACUUGCCAGAGGAACCAGAAGCAGCAAGAAAUGGCUGUGAGGAAGAACCAGAGGAGGAGGCACUCGACCUGGCUGAGAGUGAAGAAACAGACUCUGAAGCACUUGCCCAGGGAGAAUUUCCAUACCGUGCCCUCCAAGAAUACCCGAUAAACAACAUGGUGACAGGCUAUGCCUCUGCACGGGACAUGAAGAAAUAUGAGGGGGAACUCCAUGACUUUACCCCCGGCACCUCAGGCUAUGCAGCGUACUGGGUUCAAAGCAAAUUCAGCAUUUACUGUGAGAAGACCGAAAUGAAGAGGAAAUUGUAAGGAACAGGUAGCUGGAGCAGCAAAAUCUUCAAUGCAAGAGCUGCCAGCUCAUUUAUAAAUUACCUGACUACAGCUCAGUCUUCCAUGUGUUAUCUAAGUAUUGGCUACAGUUAUUGCAGUAUUUGCUUCUCUGAGUAACUACUUAAACUGAAUUUCACAACAAACAUAAAUACAGAUAUUUC